AUGUCAGAUUAUACGAAUUGGACAUGUGAAGCGCUGAGGCGAGAACUUGAAAAGCGCAAGCUUCCAAAAAGUGGUAUCAAAAGUGCACUGAUAGGCCGUCUAUUGGAUGCACACAACAGAUCACCCAACGGCAAUCGAGAGGCUGAGCAGGAUGAUGAAGCUGAGAAGUCUUAUCAGCCUCGGCCAAGUGUCGAUAGGAAUCCUCCCUCACUAGCAGAUCUCGGCAUUCUGUCGGAAACCUAUGAACCCAGUCUUCUCGAAAACAGUCGAUUUCCGAAAGCAAUUCAAGACCUGUUCUAUUUAGUCGCAAAAAGCAAAAAGAUCGAUUUUGAGAGAUUUGGCCGAGCUGUUAAAGACAAGAGUUCUAAGCACGAAGUUCAUACCGAAGCAUCGAGGCAUUAUGAUCGAUACCUGAAGCAGAGGGCAGCGUCACUAUCUAAGGCUUGUAGUGACUCGGGAAUGGACGACCAAAAAGAGCGAGGUUGGUCCGACCUGCUUUGCUCCAGAGUUUUCCUCCCGUUCAAGCGUGUUGAGGACGAAAAUCUGCAAAUUCAUCACUGUUUUGCCUGUCGACGGUACUUCCCCGCAUUGAGCCGACCACACUUUUUUGGCAAUGACGUGAGUAGCGACUUUCAGGAGGGCAAAUCGCAAAGGAAAGACCUCGAGAUCUGUGAAUCAAGAAAGAAACAUUUGAAUAUAUCGAAUUGCGAACUGCGGCUUGAACUUGCUUACAAAAGCGAUGAGUGCUACAUGAGGACCCGCGCCAACCACAUUCCAGAUGCCACGCUUGGUCUUUGCACCUACAAUUUCGACCGCAUAGGGGUCACGUCUCGAGGGAAAGAUUGGCUGGACAAUGACUUGGUCGUCUUCUUCCAGAAGCACCUAAUCAGGGGGGUUUUAGACCAUUUUCCAGCCCUCCGAGAACCCUAUCAAAUAAGCGGAGAGCAGUCCGAGGCAUACUCUUUCCCAAUGUUUGCGUUUGGAUUGUGGGAGGCGAAAAGGGCAAAGGGCGCCGGGCAUGAAGACACCGUAACCCAGACUUGUAAGAGAAUCAAGAGUCUGUUGAUAUGGCAGCGUGAGAUCUUUGAUCAAGCUCAGUAUCAACACUCGAUCCCUAUUGUGUGGUUCUUCUCUAGCAUAGGCGCGGACUGGCGAGUCUACGGUUGCAUAGAGGACACUAAAGUGGCUGGGAAUGGCUACAACUACCGACUUCUUCAUCUCUGGUCAGGCAUAUCUAAGGAUAAAGACAGUGCUUUGCAAUUAUUGUGCAUCGUUGAUCUACUCAAGUUCUGGGUUGAUUACACAUAUAAACCGAUCAUUGGUACUUGCAUCAGUCGUCUACAAAGCCUUAAGAAUACCGGAAUAUUUCCAUCAGACAAGAGAGGAGAUGUGGUAUCAAGGCAUCACAUUCCAAUAGAUGCAGAACAUACGCCUUGGGCCUUCAGCCAACGGCGUCUCAAGACCUCGCACAACUAUCAUCCCCACUCAGGUACUCUAGAGAUUCCUCAUACCGAAGGUCACGGGCGGCGAUUCGGAUCUUCUUCUCCCAUAAGUCGUCCAUCUAGUAGAGCUUCACAAAGAAGCCCUUGCCGCAGUACCACUCCUGCAGAUGAAGAAGGAACUCAUCCUGAAUCAGACAUGUAUACGUGGAUCUUGGAUAGAGAUCCUGGUAUUGGCGACCUAUUUAUUAUCAGAAUAAACCAGGCAGGAUACUUUUGUAGACCGAUAUUUGUCUUUGACGCAACCGGAGGCGUGGCCGCCAAAAGUGAUCACACUGUUGACUGGGACAGCAAAGAACUCAAAGCAGCCAGUGCGAUUUGGAAACGUUACACUAGUGAUUACAAAGUCAUGCAUCGAUCUAACAAAAAAGCCAUUGAUUACUUAUGGCGGUAUUUCAGAGCUUUAGGGCCGAUGUCUUUCAAUCCCGACACUCAGAUAACCAUCAUUUUACCUCUGAAACUGAGGCACUACCGUCGCCAAGACCAGAACCUUGAGGAUGAUUGGCUUUAUGAGUCUCUCGAAGUUCUUUUGAAAAUACCAACAUUACUUGCGGGGAUUGAUCGCCAAUAUGACAGGGAGUGCUCGCAUUCGUCCAAAUGCCAUGGCAGCAAAUCACGUUGCUCUUGCGAUGCUCGUUUGCACUUGACUCGGGCUGUCAGAAAGGUGUGUUCUAAACACCAGUGGCCGAAUGUCGAAGAGGUCUCAGCUGAGUUGACGGAGAUUCGAAAUAAGCUAGACCUAAUUACAGACCAUAGCCAUCGAAUUAGGGAAAAUGGUGUCAAAAGGCCUGGCAAAGCCCCUCGAUCUUGGGCAGUGCUGAAAGACAAUCCUGAAAAGUUCUUUCUGGCACGGCCACUCGAAAACCAACUCCUCUCAGACGAUGAAGUGUCGGAUGCAGGAGAUGCUGAAGAGACCUCGCAUGAAGAGGAUAGUGAUAAUCUGACUUCUGAUGCCGACACAGUCGCGUGUUCAGACAGCGAGGAGGACACUUUAAUAGAUCAUAAGGACAUGCGCAGAUUGAAAUUGCAGGAUUGA